GUCAUCAAUAAUACUUGCUACGAAAACCUGGCCGUUUUCUGAGGAUUUGUCAGAAAAAUUUGAAAUUCUCGAUCCAAACGUUAUCCUGACAUUAGUUUGACAUCAGAAAUAAUAGGCAGCCAAAAUUCCAAGUCAUCCUGUCCUUCUAAAAUAUCCCACAAAUUACUGUAUUCUGCAGCCAAGAACUAACACCGUUCAGAUUCUUGCAAGAAAUGCCCAUUCCCCAUUGCGAAGAAUGGCAGGCCUGUUAUAGGCCUGAUUUAAGUCAUUCCUGUUUGAGGAUGCUUAAAAUGACGCACAUCCCCAUUGACCACAACUGAGUGAUCAUGGAGGGUGGCGAAGGUAUGGUGGCCGUGGUCCGCGGACUUCGCGACUCCGGGCUGGCCGUCACGCUGCUGGAUGGAAGCAGGCAGUAUACCCUGAUGCCUAACGCUGCGAAGCCGCCGUCCCCUCCAAAUGUGCGAAUCACGCACACUUGCGCGCGCGCACAGACUCAGGAGAUGGCGAGGAGUGACUCUGCUGCGCAGGCCACGGACGGGAGAUACGCUAGCAUGUAUAAGAUGGCCCACUGUAGAGUGACUCCAACCUCCCCACCGGUGCAGCUUACGGAGUUUCCACCGCAAAGGGCUGAGCUCUGUCCAGGACAUGGCAACUUCGAAGUGGGUGGGUGUGGUAGCGGCGAGAACUACACACCUUGCAGGUCGAAUGGAUCCUUCCGCGGCGGGAUGUCGUGGCCUGAUAGAGUGGAAGAGGUCGAACUUUUACAAACAAAUCCAUCAUAUUCGUAUAUAAGAUUACAAGAUGGUAGAGAGACCACCGUUUCAAACAGACAUUUGGCUCCUUUACCGGAUGGAGAGGAUGAUUCCUGUCAAGAAGAGCCAUCAGACUUGGAUGAAAUAGUUCAGGAAUCUGAAUCUGUUCAGCAGCCUGAACUUGGUCAAGAAACUGGUGUUGCUGAAGAGCCAGAGGCAAACCUAAGCCGGCGUUCCCACAGGGCUCGCAGAAGACCAGGCUAUCUAGAAGAUUUCGUUUGUGAUAAUGACUAA